AGUGGUCGCGUGUAAAAGUUGCACGCGUGAGACGCUCUGUUGGAAGUUUGACGGCUAAUGCGUUGGCCAUACGUUUGGGCGCAAUUACUCGAGUCGUUACAGAACAUUUUCACGUCUGGCCAUUAAGCUGCGACGCCCUUUGGUUCACAGUAGGAGAGGGAUUCAAAUUUCGGCGUUCCUGGAGAGACGUCGGCGCUGUGGUUGCUCGAUCCAAAGCUCCAUCGAGUGUUUCUUUAAGUGCGCGCGCGCGCGUUUGUCUCUGUCUCCGUGUGUGUGUGUGUGUGUGUGUGUGUGUGUGUGUGUGGAGUUUUCCUGCACCGGGUGAUAGGAGGGGUUGGAGAGUGACGCUGGCUGCGCCUUGGUGCUGAGCGGAGCGCUCACCUGCAGAUGAGAGAGCCGGGUAAACUCGGGGCAGAGCUGCAGCACACUCUCGGAGCUCGAGGAGGGGACGUUACGCACAGUCUGACCAAGGAGAGGGGACAUUAAACAAUUACUGGUGCAGAAUCACGAUCCGAGCCUCUUUCUGGUUCCUUGUCCAGGCAGCCUUGACUCGCUUGCACGCCACGAUGAGAACUGACUUCGCUCUGGUCCUGACAGCAGCCCUUCUUCUUGACACAUUCUGGAGGAAUAAUGGGGAGCACGCUUCCAGCGGUCCCUGCCGACCUGGCUUCUCUCAAAGCCUCUACUCUGUGCUGAUUUCAAGGGAUGUACUGCAAGGCCAGGGCAUACUUAAAGGUACCACGGUGUCAGCACAAAAAGUGAAGUUCGACGACUGCAUGGGGAAUGAAGACGUGGCUUUUCAGAGCAGUGACCCCAUCUUCGGCGUCCGGACAGAUGGAUCCAUCUUCGCCCAGGUGGAGGGUGCCAGCCUGGAUGAGCCGGUCCAGUUUACACUGACAGCCAAUGGCCCGCACACGCAUGUCUGGGAGACUGUGGUCCAACUGGCGCUGGCUGACCUGCCGUCACCUCAACAAACCGAAAAUGAGGUCACAAAGGAAGAGGGGAGAGUCGUCGAGAGGAAGGAGGAGAAGAACGACGCGUUCCAGGCACCACCCUCCGUCAUCAGGUUCUCGGGCUCCGCCGUCAACAGCACCAGGGGUCUGCGAAGGCAGAAGCGGGACUGGGUGAUCCCACCAAUCAAUGUGGCGGAAAACUCUCGAGGACCGUUCCCUCAGAUGCUCGUCAGUAUCCGUUCCGACCAGGACCAGGACAUCUCCAUCAGAUACAGCAUCACCGGGGUGGGGGCGGAUCAGCCGCCCAACGAGGUGUUCAACAUCGAACCCGUGCUCGGGAAGAUGUUCGUCACCAAACCCCUCGAUCGAGAACAUCGCUCUUCGUAUCACCUGAGAGCCCAUGCAGUGGACAUGAAUGGGAACCAGGUUGAGAACCCCAUCGAUCUGUACAUCUUUGUCAUCGACAUGAACGACAACAGGCCCGAGUUCAAAAACCAGGUGUACAAUGGCUCCGUGGAUGAAGGCUCCAAACCAGGAACAUACGUGAUGCACGUCUCAGCGUUCGACGCAGACGACAACACCACGGCCAAUGGAAUGGUGCGCUAUCGAAUCCUGUCGCAGACGCCGCACAGCCCGAUCCCCAACAUGUUCACCAUCAACAGCGAGACUGGGGACAUUGUGACGGUGGCGCCGGGUCUCGAUCGAGAGAAAGUGUCCCAGUAUACCAUCAUCGUGCAGGCCACGGACAUGGAGGGCAAUCUGAACUUUGGCCUCUCUAACACAGCCACUGCCAUCAUCACUGUCACGGACAUCAAUGACAACCCUCCCAUGCUGACCUCCAGAACUUUUUCCGGCGAGGUCCCAGAGAACCGAGUGGACGUUUCGGUGGCUAACCUGACGGUCAUAGACGCCGACCAGCCGCACUCGCCUAACUGGAACGCCAUCUACAGGAUCAUUAGCGGAGACCCAUCCGGACACUUCACCAUCCGCACCGACCCCGUCACCAACGAUGGCAUGGUCACCGUGGUGAAGCCGGUGGACUUUGAGAUGAACCGUGCCUUCAUGCUGACGGUGGUGGUCUCCAACCAGGCCCACCUUGCCAACGGCAUCCAGUCCUCGCUGCAGUCCACGGCCGGGGUCACCAUAUCCGUCCAGGACGUCAACGAGGCUCCCUACUUCCCCACAAACCCGAAGCACAUCCGCUUUGAAGAGGGCGUCCCUGCAGGCACCAGCCUGACGACCUUCUCAGCCUCAGACCCUGACAGACUUCAGAUGCAGCAGACAAUCAGGUAUUCAAAGCUGAACGACCCCGCCGACUGGCUCUCAAUCAACAGAACAAACGGUCAGAUAGUAACCACGGCGAUGCUCGACCGGGAGUCCAGCUACGUAAAAAACAACAUAUAUGAAGCGACGUUUCUGGCAACGGACAACGGCUUCCCUGCUGCCAGCGGCACAGGCACUCUGCAGAUCUAUCUGAUAGAUAUUAAUGACAACCCUCCGGCGCUCAUACCCAAGGAGUCUCAGAUCUGCGAGAGGAUGAACAGGAACGUCAACGGUGUCAACAUCACAGCCGCCGACGCCGACACGGACCCCAACGCUGGACCUUUUGUCUUCGAGCUGCCCAACUACCCCACCAGCAUCCGACGCAACUGGACCAUUUCUCGGCUCAGCGGUGAUUAUGCCCGUCUGGGUCUGCGGUACCAGAUAUAUUUAGAGCCGGGGGUGUACGAGGUGCCUGUGAUCGUGUCGGACUCCGGGAACCCGCCGUUGUCCAACAGGUCGGUCAUCAAGGUGAAGGUGUGCCCCUGCGACGAAAACGGAGACUGCACCACUCUCGGGGCAGUGGCAGCCGCCGGCCUGGGAACGGGAGCCAUCAUCUCCAUCCUCAUGUGCAUCAUCAUACUGCUCAGCAUGGUGCUGCUGUUCGUGGUGUGGAUCAAGCGCAGAGAAAAGGAGAGGCAGACGAAGCAGCUGCUCAUUGACCCCGAGGAUGACGUCAGGGACAACAUCCUCAAGUACGACGAGGAGGGAGGAGGAGAGGAGGACCAAGACUACGACCUGAGCCAGCUGCAGCAGCCCGACUCCUUGGAGCACAUCAUCAGCAAACCGCCCGGCGUCCGCAGGGUGGAUGAACGUCCCAUCAUCCCAGAGUCCCAGUACCCCAUCAGACCCGUCGUGCCCCACCCUGGAGACAUUGGGGACUUCAUCCACGAGGGUCUGCGAGCGGCAGACAACGACCCCACAGCCCCUCCGUACGACUCCCUGCUGGUGUUCGACUACGAGGGCAGCGGCUCCACCGCCGGCUCCGUUAGCUCCCUCAACUCGUCCAGCACGGGGGACCAGGACUAUGACUACCUCAACGACUGGGGCCCCCGCUUCAAGAAGCUGGCCGACAUGUACGGAGGAGGGGAUGAUGAUUAAACUCGCCCGGUCACACAUGUGCGCACGCACCACACACCACACACCACACUCACAUUUAUAUAUAAAUAUAUACCCUCGCCCCGUCAGCUGGCCUGCCAUGCCCUGUCCCCGUACCACGCGGUGGGCCGUCUCACGUUAACAAUGACAUGUUCACACUGACCAACUGACUGACCAACCAACCAAUCAAAUUACCCACCACAGAGGACCAGUGCCGUGCGUCAGUUUAGGGUGCUCUUCUCGACCGUCUCCCGCUCCAAAACCCAAGACUGACAUGGAAGCUCUGACUUUUGGGCUUCUCGCAGCGUGCAUAUUCGAACUCUAGGUUUUAUGCUACAUGUGGGUUAUUUUGUCAAUUUUGUUACUUUAGUUUGUGUGUUUUUGUUUUGUUUUUUUUGUCCUCACUCCCCUUCGAUUCAAGCUGUUCCCCAUCCCUGAGGGUUUUCACUUUUCCCUCGCCGUCGGCCCCCUCCUUGCCUCUCCGGAGAAGCUUUAGGUUGAGCUGCCUGCUUUGUCUGAGGCAAACAAAAGGGAAAAAAACAAAAAAAAAAAAAAAGAAGAACAAGAGCAUAGAUAUGAAAGUCCUUCCUGCGCGGAGGGCCCCGGUUUAUUCUUUCUUGAACUUGAAUUACUUAGAACAGAAGCACUGUUGUUUAAAAAGUGCCUUCAGUGGUGCGUAUUUUAGCAGACUCCCGCUAACUCAGGAUUGGUUGCCAUUCUCUGGGCUUACACGCCCCCAUACGACCCCCCCUCCCCCCUCCUUGACCCUUUAAUUCAGACCGCCGCCCCCUCUCUCCGUCAUUCCUCCCAUCCCCGCGGGGGCUGUGGUAGCUGCGGGAGGUGUCGGCGCUGGUUUUCAGGGGAGCGGUGACCGGCUGACGAGGGCGCUCCACGUAGACGCGCUGUACGCAGGCCUACGGUGCGUCUCCAAGUUACGGACAAAUCAUCGAGUCUUCAAGUCAGGCCUGUCUGUGCUCUUAGAUCGCAGCCAACUUGAAUGUGAUCCCGAAAAUACACAACUGUCCUAGAGAAGAAACGUGUGUGUGUGUGUGUGUGUGUGUUUCUCCCUGUUUGUUGUGGCUUCAAUAGCAGCUGUGUUUGUUUUGAGCUCUCUGUGUUUGCACCUAAAAGUUGAUGCUUGAGGCUUGUUGCUUAAUUUGAAGACUGACGAGUUGCGUGUGUUACCUCUGUAUUGUCACUGUAUAUGAAGUACAUACGAGGGUUAUUUAAGGAGACUUCGCCUUCGAGAUCAUUUAAGGUUUGCAUGUUUAUCGCUGCCCGAAAGGUAAUUAAAAAGGCACCAGUUAUUGUGUGGUAGAAGUGUCACAGAAACUAUAUAAACUGUACAAACAUGAAGGAAAUGAAAAUACUAAAUGGCUCCAAAUAGCUCUGAUAGUGUUACAUACCGAAUAGUGAGCUCGCCCAUCCUGAGUCCCAUUUCUGUCCUUUUUCUAUUGUUGAUUCUUUCCCUGUUUCUCGAACAAACUUUUCAUGCACAGACUUUGGUGCUGGCCCGUGUCACAGAAACUGAGGGAAUUGAGCCCCAGACGAGGACUUAGCGCCUUCGCAAUCUGUCUCUCUUCAGGCGGCAUUUCAUUCAUGUGAAAUUUUCUCCUGAAAAUUUUUUUUUGGCUCCAAGUUCAAGAGGUUUUGAAAAGAAGUUAGAGGAAGGGAAAGCAUGUAUGAAGUUCUGCACUUUAUCAAAGCAGGAAAAAAAAAAAAAAGCAAAACUAAAGCUCCAGUAAUAACGCUUUCUACAAGGCGGACGUUUUGAAAGGCAGUUUUGUUGUGACUUAAUGAAAAAGGCAGCGCUGCUCGUAGGGCUUUUGUAAUCAUAUUUCAUACCCCCGGAAAUGCACAGAGGCAACUGGGAGCGAAAAUAACGUAGAGCUUUAGUCUGUAUUAAAUUAUUUAAAUAUGCAAAACAUUUCACAGAGGGACCAGGGAGAUGCUGGUGAAUAAUAGAAAGGUUGAAUCAUUCCUUAUCUUAUUGGGGGGGCCCCACUGAAACGCUCCUCCGCGGUGGCUAGUUUAAGCUCGAUGUGUUUUGACCAGAUCUUCGUUUAAUAAGGGAUAUGAUGAAGGCUUGGAGGGAAGGCUCCAUGACAACGUCCUACAGAAGACGCGCCCUUUCCCCCACUGCUGUUUCUCAUCUGCUUCCUGUUCAUUUAAACGGCCAGAAACCAUCUCUGACUUUAAUGCGGAAUUGUGAGAAUGUGUCCGCGGACCUGACGUGUGAGGGGAUAAAUGGAAAGAGCGAAUGCAAAGAAAUAAAGGUGAUGGUUUUAAGUAUAAACACGGACGGGGCCGUCGAAGUGUCAUUAACAAGGUUAACAGGGUAGCAACCUCUUGAUUUCGAUUGGUCGGCUGGUGGUUUUAAAUCGCGCCUCUCAUUGUGGAGCCGGGACGCGCUGAUGUUGGGGACAGCUGUCGGCUCAGACACGUGAAACAGAGUGGUUUCCACAGCUCGCUGCCGAACGAGCUCUUAUCAAUCCGGAGUACCAACACAAAAUAAACACAGCUGUUACUUUAUCCUAUCUGUGAUUAUUUCUGACAUAAAUGUUGUAUAUACAGAAAAUUUUUUAUACAUUCUGGUGACUCGGGAUAUCUGUUUCUGUGUGGUCUUUGAAUUUUCUUCUUUUUUUUUUCUUUUUUUUCCACUACAGUUCUCGUUUCAAACAAAUACUUGGCAAAUUCUAUUUCACGCAAAGCCAUGUGUGUUUAACAGGAUCUGUGUUAUUCGAGUAUGCGCUCGCAGCCAUACGCGCGACACGACUUCAAGGUACCACUUCGACCUGUACAGUCCACACUAGCGCGCACUCACUCCUCUAGGCCUUACUGUAUAUACGUGAGUGUUCUAUAUCUUACGAACCUGUUCAACUCUCUUGUGGUCUGCCUGCAGAGCUGCAGCGUUACUGAUGGCCGCCCGGCGUUCGCGGAAUAAAGACAAGCCUCGCGAAACGUUUACGGUUCAUUGUGACACGUUCAGAACAGAUUCAGGGCCACACAUAACGGGGGGAAAGGGGAGGGGGGGGCCCUCAUACACACUUUACACACGGUAACUGACCUUUAUAACUGUGUUGUACGGACAUGCAUAACACAAUGCCAUUAUGAUAAUGAAUGUUAUCAAUGACUUACAAUUAAAUGUGGCAGCAAAUCAUCAGUGCAGUCGGUCAAAUUUGACCCCCAUUAAAAUGCAAUUUGUAAGGAGAAAUGAAGGGAGAUUGAUCAGUACCUGUUACAUACUUGGUCCACUUGUCUUAUUGACGUUCCCAGUGAGGGGAGAAAGAACUAUCACACUGCUGUAGUCCAACCCCGACAUCUGUCUGGCUCAUCUGCUUCUCUGGUGUUAGUCAAAGGACAUUUGGUCUCACUCUGGACACUGCCCGACCAUGGACACACACACAUGAUGGGAGGUUCCGACGGAUGCCAAACGUUUGUCCUUCCAAGGCCAGAAUCGCCCCGGACAGGCAGCAGUGUUUCAUACAACUUCUCCCAAUGCCAUUCAAGUCCAAGUGUACAUAAUGUAGUAUUUGCUCGAAGCUAAACAGACCAAGUUAGGCAAGCUGUACCUGUACAAUUGGAGCUUUUUGCAUGUGUCUUUUUAUAAUGGACAGAUGAGUUCUAUUACAGUAACCAUACAACAUUUCGAAAAGUGUCGCAGCCCGCAUGACGGAGGCUGCUGUCCAGAGGGGAUUCUGGUGUACCAUAGUCACAUAGUUUCAAAUAAAGGAGAGAGAGAAAAAAAUAAAUAAAUAAAUAAAAGAAAAUCCGGAAAAAAAAAAUAAUUGCACAGUUAUCGAGUCGAAAAGACUUUUUUUUGUAAAUUGUCAACAGCACAAAUAUUUUGUAUUGUUGUUUGUACCGUUUUGUAAGAAAAUUAAGGAAAAGACAAAAAAAAAAAAAUAGAAAAAACAAAGGGAAGAGUCUGUUGUUUCGAGCGUGUGUUUAUAGUGCCACUGCAAUCUUGGUUUCCGAAUACCGUACAGUACAUGCGCAGCCUUGCAGAUCAACCUUGUAUUAUAGACGCUGAGCUGGAGAUUCCCUGUCAGCACCAUGUGUUAUAAAUAAAAUUUCCCCUCCUUGUAA